UUUUUCCUAGUCCAUCAGGCAGUACCUCAGGAGGAGCAGGUGUCAGUCUCCUGCCAUGGCUACCUUUCGUCACAAUCUAUGCAGCACUAUCUGGCUGUGAAAUCUGCUUGGAGCUGUGCUGGUUCCUCAGUAAGCUGAGUACUGGGCACCCUCUCCAUGGCCACCAUGCUGUGACCGUUGGGCUGUUGCUGCUCUGGGCUGAGGCAGUUGAGACUAGGCUGGCACCGUUAAGGCUGAGGGUUACGAACAGGAUGCUGUGAGGCAGAACUGAAGAGUCUGAGGCCUUAUUCAUCUUACCAGUGUGUGUGGCCUUCAGACCCCUCAGCAGGGGCCUCACCCCCCUGCCACCUCACAGUUACCUGGGUAGGAGACCUCCAAGGGAUCACCUUCUGGAGACAAUCCAUGGAAAGCUGUCUAUGAAACACUGGACUGCAGUUUUGCCAUCUGAACAUUUGCUAUACUGCACUCCAGAUGUGGCUGCCUUUUAUAGAUAGCAGGUGAGGUUUGCUGGUGAAAUGCUGAAGGGAGGGACCUCAAGAGCUGCUGUGACUUGGAACCUAUCAGGAAAAUUGCAGCACUUAAACUAAAGAAGGGGCCGUGUAAGGUGUCAUUACCUCCUGUUCUAUCUGGCUGAGGAGCUGCACACUCUGGGGCUCGUAUCGUGAACAUCAGGGGCUCACUGGACUUUGAGUGAGCUGUGCUCUGCAAGGAGACUUAAAGCUGCCAGAGGCACAACUCACAACAGUGUCCGAGCCUCCCACCACAUGCAGGGAGCACAGGCAGAAGAGGAUCUGUGGUGAUAAACAGGACCACCUCAAAAGCACUUGCCCAAGUGCUCCUCCUAAGUAGGCCAGCUCCACAGCACUUCAAAAUUAGAAAACUUCCAAACAGAAGGAAGACCAUUCAGUCUGCAUUCAACACCCUAGAUGAGAGAAAUGCAAAAACAUAAACAGGAGAAAAUAGACUUCUCCCCAUGGGCCCUGUGUUGGUGGAGCAAUAGAGCAAUGCAGCAGGGACCUGCAGGCUGCUGCUGAGGACACUGAGGAAUUUACACCCUCGCCCAGGUCACAAGUGAGGACAAAGUUGACUCUUCAUUCUCACUUGCACAUGACGCAGCAUCCCGUAAAUCAGAGGAAAAGAGACUUCACCAAGUGAAGGGAGGCCAUCUAAUUCACACUGUCUUCCUGAGACCACCUCCAAAACAAAGAACCUGACUUCUGUCCUGGCUUUGUACACUGGAAUGGACCUUGAAGCCUGUGACUUCUCAAUGCAAGAAUGAAGUGAAUUUAGAGCUAAAAACGAGGCAAGAAACGAGGCCUUGAAAUCUCCGAAAGGCAGUUACUGGCAUUGCUGUAGAGACAUCCUGAACGACGUGUUGGAAAAGGAAGUGCACAGGACAGUCUUUCUGCAUUGUGAACAUGUUUGAGACCCCCAUGCAAAGCUGUGCUCUGUUCUGACUCCAAGUCUCCUCAGACAUGGCCGAGGAAAAUGCACCUGAAAGAACUAUAUGCACUGACGCAGCCUCAGGAAAACCCGCGAUGGCUGCCAAGCGCAAAGGCGGCCUGAAGCUAAAUGCCAUCUGUGCCAAGCUGAGCCGCCAAGUCGUCUUCGACCACGGGGGAGCUGAGCAGGCACGUGCCGACAAGGGGCCACAGCAGGAGAGCAGCAACAAGGACCUGCCCCAGCCUGGGACCAAAGAGCUGGGGACAGAGUUUUCAGAUGGACUCAGCUGCGUGCAGAAGAUCGAGGAGGACAAAAGGAGGGAGGUGAUCGAGAAGUGGGUGAACGGGGAGUACAAUGAGGAGCCCUUGCUGGGGCGAGCAGAGGGCAAGGAGUGUAAGGGCACCGAGAGCACAGAGGUGCCCCCUGAAGGGGUUUACAUGGUGCAGCCCAAGGGCUGCAGCGACGAGGAAGAUAACGGGGACGAGGCAGACGCUCUGAGGGGCUCACAGGAUGGCAACUUCUUGGAUGACAGGGAUUCAGACGGGCCAGCAAAGGACGAUGCCUACCGGUCCUCCAGCGAACCAGGCUCCAAGCUGGGGGCAGGAACCACCUCAGGGGAAGCUUCAUCACUGCGGGAUUACGCCGCCACCACCAUGAACGAGUUCCUGGGCAUGUUCGGCUACGACGACCAGAACAUGCGGGAUGAGCUGGCCCGCAAGAUCAGCUUCGACAAGCUGAACGCUGCUACCUCAGAGGCCGCGGCGGCCGCUGCCUCCCUGCCCGGCGAAGACGCCAUGAGCAAACGCGCCCGCUUCUCCAAGUACGAGGAGUACAUCCGCAAGCUGAAAGCUGGAGAGCAGCUCUCGUGGCCCCUGCACCUGGCCAAAUCUGAGGAGCUGGGCUCCAAGCUGGGCAAAGAGCCGUCCUCGGUGCUGGCACAGCCCAUGCGCGUGCCGGGUACGGACGCCUCCAUGCUGACGGAGACCAAAGCCACUAUCCUGCCACUGCCCUCUCCCAGCAGUUCCCAGAUGCAGGGCCUGAUGUCACGGGCCUCCAAAUAUGACUUCUUCAUUCAAAAGCUGAAGACGGGUGAGAGCAUCAGGCCACAAAAUGGCAACACUUACAAGAAGGCCUCCAAGUAUGACCUAGAAAAUGUCAAGUACUUGCACCUUUUCAAGCCUGGGGAAGGAAGCCCAGAUAUGGGAGGAGCCAUCGCCUUCAAGACAGGCAAGGUAGGCCGGCCUUCCAAGUAUGAUGUGAGGAACAUUCAGAAGCUCACUCCAGUAAAAGCUCCAGUCCCCAGCCUGGCUCCUGCCUCCCUCACCAGUACCCCCAGCAGCACUCCUGUGGCCGGGCCAGAGCAGUCCAUCUCAUUGCCAUUCAACACUCCUGAGUACCUGAAAUCAACUUUCUCCAAGACAGACUCCAUCACAACUGGAACAGUCUCUACAGUAAAGAAUGGAUUACCCACUGACAAACCAGCCGUCAGCGAAGAUGUAAAUAUUUACCAGAAGUAUAUUGCCAGGUUCUCUGGCAGUCAGCACUGUGGCCACAUCCACUGCGCCUACCAGUACCGAGAGCAUUACCACUGCCUGGACCCCGAGUGCAACUACCAGAGAUUCACCAGUAAACAGGACGUGAUUCGGCAUUACAACAUGCACAAGAAACGCGAUAACUCCCUGCAGCACGGCUUCAUGCGCUUCAGCCCCCUGGACGACUGCAGCGUGUACUACCACGGCUGCCACCUCAACGGGAAGAGCACCCACUACCACUGCAUGCAGGUGGGUUGUAACAAGGUCUAUACAAGCACCUCUGAUGUGAUGACCCACGAGAACUUUCACAAGAAGAACACGCAGCUCAUCAACGACGGGUUCCAGCGGUUCCGUGCCACGGAGGACUGUGGCACUGUGGAGUGCCAGUUCUACGGGCAGAAAACCACUCACUUCCAUUGCAGGAGGCCUGGGUGUACAUUCACCUUCAAGAACAAGUGUGACAUUGAGAAGCACAAGAGCUACCACAUCAAAGAUGAUGCCUAUGCCAAGGAUGGCUUCAAGAAGUUCUACAAGUACGAGGAGUGCAAGUAUGAGGGCUGUGUCUACAGCAAGGCCACCAACCACUUCCACUGCAUAAGGGCAGGCUGUGGUUUCACCUUCACCUCCACCAGCCAGAUGACUUCCCAUAAACGCAAACAUGAGCGCCGGCACAUCCGGAGCUCGGGAGUGCUGGGCCUGCCUGCCUCACUCCUGGGCCCCAAGGAUAACGAGCAAGAGGAGUCCAGUAACGAUGACCUCAUUGACUUCUCGGCCAUGAGCUCCAAGAACUCCAGCCUGAGUGCCUCCCCGACCAGCCAGCAGUCUUCCGUCUCUCUCAUCGUCCCAGCUGCGCCCUCCUCUGCGGCUGAGCUUGCUUCCUCACAGGCCGCCAAGUCUGCCAACAGCAUGACACCAGCCACUAAGAUCUCUGGCCUGCUCUCCCAGGCUCUUCCUAGCAAUAUACCCUUGGCCCUGGCACUCUCCAACUCAGCACUUCCUGGAACAGCUGGAUCCUUCUUCCCCAUCAUCCCCAGUCGGGUCUCCACACCACUUCCUGCCAGCUCGGCUAAUCUGAUGACUGCUGGUUCUUCUGGCACCAAUCCAGCAUCAUCUGCUCCUACAGAUUCCUCAUCCCAGGCAGUUUCAGGAUCUGGUGAGCCAGUGGCUACUUCUUCUCCUGCUCCAGCAGCCUCUAUAAUGGAAAGGAUCUCUGCUAGCAAGGGAUUAAUCUCUCCCAUGAUGGCCAGGCUGGCAGCAGCUGCACUCAAGCCCUCUGUGGCACUUGAAGCAGGUAAUGGACAGCCAGCGCCUCCCGGACGGUUCAAUCCAGUCCAGGUGAAGCAGGAACCUGUGGAGGCCGUGGGACCGACAUCUGCCACCAGUCAGGACCCCUUGCAGGAGCACAGCUUGGACCUGAGCGUCAAGGACCACGGUAAUGAAUCAAAUGGCCACACAGUCUCAGCAAAUUCAUCUCUUUUAUCCUCGCUUAUGAAUAAGAUGUCCAAGAGCAGUGCCAGCCUUGGCAACCUGCUGAACAUUAAGACAGAAGGCGAAGGCAGCCAGGCUGGGGCUGGGGAGCCAAGCCAGUACUUGGGCAAGGCAGUGAAGGCACUUGUCCAGGAGAAGCUCUCUGAGCCAUGGAAGAUGUACCUGCGCCGGUUUGGCACCAAGGAUUUCUGUGAUGCCCAGUGUGACUUCCUCCAUAAGGUGCAUUUCCACUGUGUGGUGGAGGAAUGUGGAGCCCUGUUCAGCACCCUGGAUGGAGCCAUCAAGCACGCCAAUUUUCACUUCCGAACUGAAGGUGGAACUGUGAAAAGCAACUCUGAGUCUCCCUUCUCAACUGCUACUGAGAAUAAGGCUUCACUGGCCCCUUCAUCACCAUCUGCUGCUUCUGCCACCAUGGCCAGUGCUCCUGCCCUUGACGUGCCCACUCCAAAUCCAGCUGCUAUGCCCUCUGCUCCCACACUACUUGCUUGGAAGCAGCUGGCUUCAACCAUACCCCAGAUGCCUCAGAUCCCAGCAUCAGUGCCUAACCUGGCAGCUUCACCCUUGGCAACGACUUCCCUGGAGAAUGCCAAGCCUCAGGUCAAACCUGGAUUUCUUCAGUUCCAGGAGAAUGAUCCCUGCUUGGCAACAGACUGCAAGUACGCCAACAAAUUCCAUUUCCACUGUCUCUUUGGGAACUGCAAGUAUGUGUGCAAAACCUCUGGCAAAGCAGAAUCCCACUGCCUGGACCACAUCAACCCCAACAAUAAUCUGGUGAAUGUGCGAGACCAGUUUGCUUACUACUCCCUGCAGUGUCUUUGUCCAAACCAGCACUGUGAAUUCCGGAUGCGAGGGCAUUACCACUGUCUGCGUCCUGGCUGCUACUUCGUGACUAACAUCACCACCAAGCUGCCCUGGCACGUGAAGAAGCAUGAGAAGGCAGAGAGGAGGGCAGCCAACGGCUUCAAGUAUUUUACCAAGCGGGAGGAAUGUGGCAGACUAGGUUGCAAAUACAACCAGGUGAACAGCCACUUCCACUGCAUCCGAGAGGGCUGCCAGUUCUCCUUCCUGCUCAAGCACCAAAUGACAUCCCAUGCCAGGAAGCACAUGAGAAGGAUGCUGGGGAAGAACUUUGAUCGUGUUCCUACUCAGGUUAUUGGCCACACUCCAAGAAAUGAAAAUCUCCCCCAGGUUGGCAGCAUGGCACCCAGCCCAGCCUCGUCAGGAACCCCAGCUUCCUUUCAGGGACCCCCAAGCAUGAUGGACACUGAAACAGAGGAGUACAUGGAUUACACUGGCUGCAGCCCGGGGGGCAUCUCCUCUGAAUCUUCCAACAUGGACCGCAGCUGCUCCAGCACUCCAGUGGGCAAUGAAAGUACAUCAGCAGGGAACACCAUCACCAUGCCAACUGCCUCGGGGGCCAAAAAGCGUUUCUGGAUUAUUGAGGACAUGUCCCCAUUUGGCAAGCGCCGCAAGACCGCGUCCUCACGCAAGAUGCUGGAUGAAGGGAUGAUGCUGGAGGGAUUUCGGCGCUAUGACCUCUACGAGGACUGCAAGGACUCCAGCUGCCAGUUCUCUCUCAAGGUUACCCACUACCACUGCACACGGGAGAACUGCGGCUACAAGUUCUGUGGCCGUACCCACAUGUACAAGCACGCCCAGCACCACGACCGUGUUGACAACCUAGUAUUGGAUGACUUCAAACGCUUCAAGUCUUCACUGAGUUGUAACUUCCCAGACUGUCAGUUCUCUGGCAAUAGCACACACUUCCACUGUCUGCGCUGCGGCUUCCGCUGCACUGACAGCACCAAGGUGACGGCGCACCGCAAGCACCACGGCAAGCAGGACGUCAUCAGCGCCGCCGGCUUCUGCCAGUUCAGCUCCAGCGUGGACUGCGAGGUGCCCGACUGCAAGUACAAACUCAAAUGCUCCCACUUCCACUGCACCUACCCCGGCUGCAAGCACACGGUGGUGGGCAUGUCUCAGAUGGACUCUCACAAGCGCAAGCACGAGAAGCAGGAGCGAGGGGAGCUGCCUGCCAUCUCCCCCGGCCCCGAGGGCCUUGCCCACUCCACUCUUGAGUAUGAUAUCCAGAACUCUUCCAUCAACCUGGACAGCUCGCUCAACCUCAGCACUGACAACAACAGCUCCCUGUUCUUCCUGCAGAACGCGGCUGGCGUGGGCCUCAGUGACUCCCUGGACCUCAGCAAGAAGCAGGCAGAAGCCGCCGAGGGCCCGGCCCCGAGCAGAGCCGGGGCCGCGGCGCCGGAGAGCAGCGCGGGGGCACCGGGCUCCGGGGACGUGGAGGACGAGGAGGACUCUUCCCAGGAGGAUGAAGAGGACGAUGAGGAGGAGAUGAAUGAAGAAGAGGAGGAUGAUGAAGAGGAGGAUGACGAUGAUGAUGAUGAGGAGGACGAGGAGGAGGAAGACCUGAACACAGAUUCUGAAGAAUCGCUGCCGGACCCGGAGGGCCUGGCCACUAAAGAAGAUGGAGAACCAGAGGAGGGUGCUUCUUCCACAGACCACGGCGAUGCUUCCAGGCCUCAGGGCGAGCCAGCCCUCACUCCAGCCCCAGCUCCUGCCCCUGCUCCAGCUCCGGCUGCUGCCUCAGCCUCCACCGUUGCUCCAGCAGCUUCUCCUUAAUCCUAGAGACAGCAGCGGCAGUGGUUUGGUUUUUCUCUUACUCAGAUUUACUAAGAGGACCCCGCAUAAGGCAAGAACAAAGAUGGGGAUGGCAAAUGAAAAAUUAACUCCGUGCCACAGAUGAGAGAGAGGAAGGAAGGAAAGCCCUGCUCCUCCCCAGGCCCCAGAAGAGAUCGGUUGGCAGCAGGACUGGUGCUGCAUCACUCCAUCCCACAGAUCCCAGAACAAGGGGGCAGGAUGCAGCAAAAAAUACCCUUUCUAUGGACACGAACCCUGAGGGUACCCACUACUUUUCCUUGCUCCCUGCACGGUGCGUGGGGCCUGUGCCCAUCUGGGGACCCUUUUUUAUGGGUGGGGCUCUAUCCCCCCAAUUUUCUUUCUGGGUUUUAUUUUUCCAUGUUUUCAGUUGUACGAUAAUAAUAAUAAUAAUCUCCACUUCUUGGAGGGGGGUGGGUGGGAACAAGAGGUAAUGAAUUUUAGAAAUAUAUAUUUGUGUGUGUGUCUCUCUAUAUAAUGUACACACACACAGACAUAUAUAAAAUUAAAGGAAUUGGUGUCACAAAGACAAGUAGCUCAGCUUUUGCCAGUGGGAAGGAGGGGGUGAGGAGUGUGCUCUCUCUCUCUCUCUCUCUCUCUCUCUCUCUCUCUCCACCCUUCCCCCUUCUUUCUCCAGCAUUAAAUGGCAUCAGACAGCCAGGGUGGGAGUGGGUAUUUAUUGUCACAUAAAUGAGGAUGCAUUAAUGAAUGAGCAGGGGUGGGAAUGGGACACUCCUCUGUUCUUCCAGAUCCUUUUUACUGUUAAUGAUAAUAAUUUUGAAUGCUAUUUAUAUUGUAAAACUUUCUCAGUCUACACUUUCUCUGUAGGACACCUCUCCUCAUCCCUGCUGUUCUGACUGUAGGGAUUUAGCUGAAGUAACCUGGGAAGAACACAGCAGGCAGUUUAAAGGGUCUGUCACACUGGAGGACUGGGGUUACUCUGCCAUCCAGUUCCAUCUCACCCCAACCCCUAGGUGCUUCCUCUCUGCGGAGGUGAGGCGUUUUUGUGGUGCUUCAGUAUCCCCAUCUCAGGAGGCUGUGAGCUGCCCCUGGCCCGUGGUGCAGCACGGGGAGCAGCAGGCUGGCACAGGAGCAGCCCCGGGGCAGGCAGGGGCACCAGGACAGUGCCCUCCCCAGCCCUGCUCCCCAGCCCUGCUGCAGGCACGCCAGCGUGUGACAGACACGGAUCUCAGGUGACUCUGGCAGGCUCUGAGCCCACUGGGGUGCCCUGCUCGGCUCUGGGCUGGGGGGGACAGCCCUGCUCUGGACCCUGGGCAGGACCUGCCUGCUCCUGGCCUGCUCCAGACCUGGCCCGUGAUGGGCAGGGCUCAGGGCUCUGCAGCAGCCUGGGCUUUCCCCUGGCUCCAGGCUCUUCCCUGCUGUCUUUUGCUGGCCUGGCCUGGGAACACACACUACAGGACACUGUCCCGGACUCUGGCAGGUGCCACAGUAGCUGUUUGACCCCAAAUCCUUGCCUGAGCCUGACAGGGCUUGUCUACACACACCAGGGCACCAGAAGGACUAGUAUGAAUUCUGAUAGUUAUUUUGGUGCCAGUUUUAAAAUAUACCAGAUUAGUCUGAGCUUUGUCCUUUUAAAAAAAAAAAAAUUUAUACCAUGCAGGCACCCUCUUCCCUCCUCAGCUCCAUGAGCACUCCAGCUCUAAGGGAUCCCCAGGAUUUGUUUUCACCCUGAACAGAUAAAGGCCUGAAGAAAUUUAGGUUGCUUUUUUUUUUUGUUAUUUCCCUAAGGAACUGGUGCAGAUCAGGUCUGAUUUAUAAACAAGCAGCUCAGCUGUGUAAAUGUGGGGACAGAAUGUUCAGCUAAUGUUUCAAAAGGAAAGGAAAAAAAAAGUUGUACAGUAUUUUUCCUGUAAAGGUUAUUACUAUAUAUAGAACAAAAGAGAAACCACCAAUGCCGAGGGGUGGAGGGGGAGGUGUCACCUGCCUUCUGGAUAGCCCUUACAUAUGGUUAAUUGUGUGCAAUUUUUUUUCUUUUUUUUAUUCUCUUUAUUUCCCUUUUUUUUUUUUCUCUCUUUCAAUGUAGUGUAUGUUUGUAGGGGUGGCAGGGGAGGGGGGGCCUUAAUGCUGUGGUUUGAGGCUGACUUCACACUCCCAGCACUGACCGGACCUGCACGAUUCCGAACUCUAACUUGAAUUUUGUAGAGAUGAAACAAAUGAAAACAAAUGAAAUAUUAUCACUAGUUUGUAGUUUAUUUAAUUCUUUGGAGUUCUUUUCCUCUAUCAGCUAUUUGUGUGGCUUUUAUUUUUAUAGGGGUUUUUUUGUUGUUUGUUUGUUUUUGUUUUGUUUGGUAUAUCCCCUACCCUCAGCUGUGUGUUUCCUAGCACAACCCCAUUCUUGAAUAGAAUGAAGCUCACGUUCCUGGGGCAGAGUGAUGGAAUGAUGCCCUGGAAUUUCUCAAAAUGGGAUGGGGCAAAAAGAUUUUACUUUACUAGCAUUUGCUGCAGGUUCUGUACUUGUACAUUUUCCCUGUGUUCAGCUACUUAGAUAGUAUGGUGAUGGGCUCCAGGAGGAAUCCUUAGAUUAACACAAGCCACAUCUCACAGAGCAGAUGUGAUUGUUUUGUGCCACCAAAAUCAACAGGAUCUCUGUCAGUGACUGUGGAGCAGGACCGAGCCCUGCUGGAGCCGGUGCCAGGGCAGCCCGAGGCUUCCCGGGUGUGCCUGCCCACAGGAGCUGGCCUGGGACAGCCCGGGACAGUCUGGGACAGGAUGGGACAGCCUGGGGACAGCCUGGGACAGCCCGGGACAGCCUGGGACAGUCUGGGGACAGCCUGGGACAGGAUGGGACAGGAUGGGACAGCCUGGGACAGCCUGGGACAGGAUGGGGACAGCCUGGGGACAGCCUGGGACAGUCUGGGACAGGAUGGGACAGCCUGGGACAGCCCGGGACAGCCCGGGACAGUCUGGGACAGGAUGGGACAGCCUGGGGACAGCCUGGGACAGCCCGGGACAGCCUGGGACAGCCCGGGACAGGAUGGGGACAGCCUGGGGACAGCCUGGGACAGCCCGGGACAGUCUGGGACAGGAUGGGACAGCCUGGGGACAGCCUGGGACAGGAUGGGACAGCCUGGGGACAGCCUGGGACAGCCCGGGACAGCCUGGGACAGCCCGGGACAGGAUGGGACAACCUGGGACAGUCUGGGACAGCCCGGGACAGCCCGGGACAGCCUGGGACAGGCUCACCUCUCCCGCCACGUCCCGCAGCCUCAGGGCUGAGCCGCUGCCCCGCACUGGGGGCAGCAGCCGUGGGGAGGAAGGGCAGGAGAUGCCCGUGGCUCUGGCAGGGCUCCCCAGCCUGUCCCUGGGCCCGCGGGGCUGAGUGUGCCAGAAGGGCCCACGUUGAUCUAUGCACACCAUUUCCUCCCCCAGGCACCCUCCUCCUCCCUGACAUGGCAGCCCCUGUCCCGGGCCCGUGUCCCCUCCUGUGCAGGGGCUGGGGCUGAGCGCCCCAGCCCGGCCUCCCCAGCCCUGUAACUCCUACCCUGUCUCUGUCUGCAACAACAACAAAAGAAAGUUGAACCCGACUUCUUAUUCUGCCAUGUUCAGGCUUUAAUUCAGCAAAACCCUUAAGCAGAAGAGUCUGGGUGGGCCCAGGUUUAAGGCCGAGCUUAAGUGCUUUUCUGAACAAGGGCCUCGACAGCCCCGUCAGAGCAGGUGGUUUGUCAUUCCAAGCUUCAUAUCAGUGGGACUGUCCAAAGAAUGACCAGAGAAAGAGAGGGAGAUUCAACUGGCUCUAUAACAAGAGGAAAGAGGAGAGAGGAAAUGGAACUGUUUUGUCCAAAACAAGAUAAAAACCAAACAAUAAUAAACCUUGAGAUGGACCCUCCUGAUUCUGCUACCAUUCACUGCUGAAGAGCAAAAAAAUUAAAUAAAAACUAUUGACUAGAUUGUUUGUUCUAGCCACAAACUCAACUGGAUUAAAGUCUGCGUGGAAGGAAUUUUAUAAAGAAAAAAAAUUUAAAAAAAAAUUUUCCAAUGUAGCAAAAAAAAAACAACUUUAAAAAACAAAAAUUAAAAAAAAAGACAAUGAGGGAGGA